AAAAAAACAAAAAAAAAACAGCGGGGAAUUUUAACCUGUAAGAGGAACAAACUUAGUUGAAAGCGACGAAGUCCAACGAUAACAUCAAUGAACGAUGAGGAAAUCAGUUCAUCCUCCAAGUAUGGCUCAAUGCUCAUCUAAUGAGAUUCUACUGGAGUUAAAGAUUCCUUAUCGACCCGAGGGACUUUAACAGAUCAAUAAAGGCCAACAGAGAGCCAGGGAGAGCACGGCAACACCUUGAGAGAGCGUGAAAUUCUUCCCACAAGCUCUGUUCACCAUGCCAGACGAGUCCCAGGCUUCGCGGGACAGUUGUAAGCCUGAUGGAGAAGCACCGCAUGUGUCUUCGGUCCCGGACAUUGUCGUCGUCUCCAGUGAUGGAAAGGGCAAAGGUAAUGCCCUCAAGCUGAAUGACCUCAGAAACACAACAGACACCUUAAAAGAACCAAGAACCGCAUCACAAAGGAGUGAUGACGCUAGGAAUCUAUCGGUGGAGAGCCAGUCAGGACUCAGCGAAUCCCAGGUCUCUGUGGAGGUGGGUGUGGUGAAAACAGCCCACGCCCUCGAACCUCUCGAGACCAAUUCUUUGAUUAUAGGAUCGGGAUUGUCCUUGCUGAAUGUUGAUAACGAUGAAGUGGGCUCAACCUGUGACAAGCCACCGAAGGAGGAAAGGCUCUCCCUGCAAAACAACAGCUGCACCGAUUCAGACUACGGCAGUACAAAGUCCAGCCCUGGUUACGCUUGCACCAGUUUCAGCACUGAUCUCUGUGAUGAAGAGUUGCUGGAACUGAACCAAAAGUCAUUUGAGAAGAUGAACUCCCUCUCUCCUGUUAACCUGUCCGAGAACAGUUUGAAAACUUCCAAAUCGGACAAAACAGUCAUGCACGCUCUGGACGGUAUCCUGGACGGCCCCAGAGCGGACCUUGUCGUCCAACCGAGCCGGGGAGACUCGGUCAGUUCAGCUGCGUUGCCUUCAUUUCAAGUUAACCGAAGCCGAGACAGCAUCGAUGUUAGGUUGGAUGAGGAGGAUGGAGAUGAAGACGGGCGAAGCACCGGAUCAGGGUGGAGUGUGAAAGAGGGGGUGUGUUGCUGCUAUCAGGCCUUCCACAGAGCUUUUCUACGGUGCGUAGAAGAGACCCCAACCAUGUUGUCCGGCCUAGUGCUGUCGUUACUCUUCUGCGUGGUCAUCAUCAUUGUCAUCCCCACCACUGGAAGGUUCACUUCCCAGCACCUUAAAGACCACGUCGGGGCUCUGUCGGUGGUCUGUGUGGUUCUCUGCCUGAACGCCAUCCUGCUCAUCUUCCUGCCCUGGCUGGCCACGCUGAGACGCUGUGGAGGAGCACUGGCCCUCUUCGUCUGGGGCACACUGUACGUCACCGCCAUAGUCUUCAUAUUCACGGGAGGACCUGUGACAGCAUGGGAACAGGUAGCAUUUUUCCUCUUCCUCUCUGUAAGUGUGUACACUGUCCUGCCCCUCUCUCUGGCCUGGGCUCUCAUGGUCGGUAUAGGGACCAGUGUUACGCACAUCAUCAUUAUCAGCGUAUAUGUUCCUGUCACCAGCCCGGAGACACCAGACCUGGCUGUUCAGCUUGUGGCCAAUGCUGUGCUGCUUUUGUGUGUGAACGGAAUCGGGAUCUUUCACCUGUGGAUGACCGAGCACGAUCUCAGGAUAUCCAAUCAGAAGAGGGAACAGUUCAGUGCCAUUCGGUCCCAGAAGGAAGUCAAAAAAUAUCAGCAGGAGCGGCUCCUCCUUUCAGUGUUGCCACGCUACAUCGCCGUGGAGAUUAAAACGCAGGUGAUUAAGAGGCUGUCCGAACCCAAGACCGAUAAAGGGAAAGAAACCAACCCCAACAACUUUCACAGCCUUUACAUCCGCCAGCAUAAAGACGUCAGCAUCCUGUACGCAGACAUUGUGGGCUUCACGAAGCUGGCAAGUACAUGCACACCCGAGGAGCUGGUGGCUGUGCUCAACAAGCUUUUUGGCAAAUUUGACGACAUUGCAAAGAAGAAUGGGUGCCUUCGCAUAAAGAUCCUGGGUGACUGCUACUAUUGUGUGUCCGGGCUGCCUGACCCCAUUCCCACCCACGCUAGGAACUGCGUUCAGAUGGGGCUGGACAUGUGCACGGCCAUCAGUAAACUGCGUGAGGCCACGGGGGUGGAAAUCAGCAUGAGGGUCGGCGUUCACACUGGCAACGUGCUUUGCGGCGUGAUCGGCCUACAGAAGUGGCAGUACGACGUGUGGUCCCACGAUGUCACUUUAGCCAACCACAUGGAGUCAGGGGGUCUUCCUGAGCGGGUCCACAUCACAGAGGAAACACUGCAGCAUUUGAAUGAUGCAUACCAAGUGGAGGAUGGGGAUGGGGGGAGUCGGGAUCCUCUUCUUAAAGGAAGAAAAACAUACCUAGUGAUUGACCCCCACAAGUCAGACAGCGUUUCCCGGAGGUUUAAAACAGCCAACAAUUUGGAGACGGGGGAGAACAGGCAGCGGGCGUCGGUGCGGAUGUCUCAGUACCUCCAGUCCUGGCAGACUAUCCACCCUUUCGCAGACCUCAGCAACCCCGACACCAAGCGCCACAAGAAGUCCAUCAUCCCCAUCAAAGACGUGAUGAAACGGUCGCAGCUGCCCGCAAAUAGACCACCGUCUAAUGACAAACCCAAUGGUGUCCCUGUGGACAACCGUGUCAGAGGCUCUCUGGACCCGUUAGACACUGCAGUGAAAAGCGGCAAGAAGCUCAACUGCCUAACCUUGCUUUUCAAUGACAUCGGCUUAGAGAAAGAGUUUCGCCUUUCCGAAGUCAAAGGUUUACAUCACUCAAUGAGCUGCUUAGCUGUGGUCUUUGUGAGUCUGUUCACCGUCCAGAUGCUUGUCUCCGAAAAGAACUUUGUGAUGGCGGUGUCCUAUGGGGUGACCUUCCCGGUGAUGGUGCUUCUUAUGACCAUCACUUUUAUUGGAUCCAUGGAGAAAUGGCGCUCCAAAAUGCCUUUGAAUGUCCAGUGGAUUUCGGGACUUUCGCGUAAUGUUUCCACCGUCGCAGCACUGCGGCUGUUUGUGGUGAUUUUCUGUGUGCUCAUCACCUUGCUUAUGGCCAUCCUCAACUUGACCCUUCCCACAGGCAACAACUGCACCUCAGUCGUUAACAAAACAGAACUUGAAGGUCUCAGACUCUACACUGUGCCUUACUAUCUGUACUGUUGCCUGCUGGCCAUGCUGGGAGUGAUUGUUUUCACCAGGACGUGUUUCUCUGUGAAAGCGCUGCUGCUUACGCUGGCCGUGGUGGUUUACCUGGCCCUCUUCAUCCAUGUUUAUGCGGACAGAUCCAACUGCCUCGUGUCUCUGCUUUACAAUGACACAAAGCCCGGUGUGCUGAAGGACCCUCAAAUCAUGUCUGGGAUUUGGCUGGUGGUCUUUUACAUGGUAUGCCUCAUUCUGGCCCGACAGGAUGAGCUGGGGUGCCGGGUAGAUUUCUUGCUGGAGCGUUGUUUCAAAGCAGAGAGAGAGGAGAUGGAAACCAUGGAGAACGUCAACAAGCUGCUACUUCAGAAUGUCUUGCCUCAUCACGUGGCCUCUUUCUUCAUGGGCAAAGAUGUUCGCAAUCAAGACCUGUACAGUCAGUCCUACGAAUGUGUGUGUGUGAUGUUUGCGUCAGUGCCCGAGUUCAAAGAGUUCUACAACGAGAGCAGCGUCAACAGGGACGGUCUGGAGUGCUUGCGCCUCCUCAAUGAAAUAAUAGCUGACUUUGAUGAGCUUCUCUCAAAGCCAAAGUUUUCCUCUGUGGUGAAGAUUAAAACCAUAGGCAGCACCUACAUGGCCGCCGUAGGCCUGACACACGGUCCUCCAGCAGAUGAACAGAAGAAAAUCGACAUGUCCUACAGCCAAGUGCGCACCAUGGUGGAGUUCGCUAUUGCUCUGAUGGGCAAAUUGAUGACAAUCAACUUGCACUCUUUUAACAACUUCAAACUCAGGAUUGGAAUUAACCACGGCCGGGUGAUCGCCGGAGUCAUCGGAGCCCAUAAACCUCAGUACGACAUCUGGGGGAACUCUGUCAACGUGGCCAGCAGGAUGGACAGCACAGGGGUGCUGGACAAGAUACAGGUGACGGAGGAAACGGCCCAGAUGGUCCAGAGCGUCGGAUACGGCGUGACCCUCCGAGGAAAAGUCAACGUGAAGGGCAAAGGGGAGCUCACCACCUACUUUGUUAACACUGACCAAACAUCUCCUCAGUUCUGAGCAGACCGCACCACGACCCACGCCACAUAAACAGCUACGUCAACCACGGACACACACGUCGAUGGAUAAGCAGCAACUGACAACACUUCGAAUUUAUAUAUAUUCAAGAUGACUUCUUCUUUAGGAUGAGACACUAAAAAACUCCACACAGAUAAAAAGAAAACAAGGAAAGUUUUAUCAAACUGGUAACUGAAAGCUGUGGAAAGAUCUGCUUCUUUUGGUACUUUUAUCAUGGCUCAGUCUCAUGUGAGGCACCAAAGAUCACAAUAA